AUGUCCUCCUCAGUAGGCCGCGUCGCCAUAAUUGGCACCGGUUCCCGCGGUCUCAUGUUCCUGCGGGGCAUCACCGAGCGUCCCGGAGCCCAAGUGGUCGCGCUGUGCGACGUGAACUCCGUCCGCGCAGCGUACUACAACGACGUGCUCAAGAGUCUCGGCCAGGCACAAGCGGCGAUCUACCACCCUGACAAGUUUGGGGAGAUGGUCAAGGCAGAGAAGGUCGAUUUUGUUGUUAUUACGACUGUGGAUCAGUAUCAUGAUUUGUAUGUCGUCCCGGCGCUGGAGAUGGGUUUACGCGUGCUCACUGAAAAACCUAUGACAACGACGAUAGAGAAGUGCCGAAGGAUCAACGAGACCGUCGCCCGGACAGGCAAGCACGUGACAGUAACCUUCAACUACCGGUACAACCCCACUCACGAGCUGGUAAAGCGGACGAUCGCCGCGGGCGAAAUCGGGCGGGUGAUCAGUGUGCACUUCGAGUGGCUGCUCGAUACUGUGCACGGGGCUGACUACUUCAAGCGCUGGCAUGCGCAGAAAGAGAACUCGGGCGGGCUGAUGGUGCACAAGAGCGGGCAUCAUUUUGAUCUUGUUAAUUGGUGGAUCGAUGCCAUGCCAGUGGAGGUAGGGGGGAUGGGAAGACUGGCGUUUUAUGGUGAUCAGGCUGGGGGGAGCGAGAGUGGGUAUGUGAGGGAGUAUAAGAGGGCUGCGGGGAGUGAGCAGGCGAAGGACGACCCGUUUGCGAUACAUAUCGAGACGGAUGAGAACUUGAACAGGCUGUAUGGGAAGGAAGCGCAUGCCGUGGACGGGUAUGAGAGGGAUAGGAAUUGCUUCCAACCGGGGAUUACGAUAGAAGACGAUAUUGGCCUGCUGGUGCGGUACGACAACGGCGCUGUGAUGUCGUACCAUCUCACCGCGUACUCCCCUUGGGAAGGCUAUCGGGUAAUGUUCAACGGCACCAAAGGCCGGCUAGAGCUCGAAGUGGUCGAAAGUACACAUCGGCUCAGGCAGGGCCCAGCAACGUCGGGGGGAGCAGUGCACGGCACUUCCCCGCUCCCGAACCCAGGACCGAGCAGGGUCACCCUCCAUCCACUGUGGGAGCCGGCUAGGGAACUUCCUAUUGUCGCUGAGCACGGCAGCCACGGAGGGGGUGAUAAGAGGAUGCUGAACGUUCUCUUUGGUCCUAGGCCGGGGGAGAGCGUCGAUGAGGGAGACGCGAGUAAGCAGGCUGCGACGGAGAGAGAUGGGACGGCGGCGCUGGCUGUUGGCUUGGCCGCGAAUGAGAGUAUGACGACGGGGGAGUUUGUGAAGAUUAAGGAUCUGAAGUUGGGCUUGGACCUGUGA